UAUUUAAAAAUGAAUUGUUAAAUUUUGGACGAUGGUUGAAAGUCAAAACCCUAAAACAAAGGCACUGUUUCAAUCGCAAUUUGGAAAUGGCAGAAGAAGCCGCAGCCGCAGAAGCACUGGAAUCAAUGUCCAUCGCUGAAUCAUCCACCCCAAUUUCAACAACUCCACAAUUGUUGAGUGCUGAGCAGAGAUUUGAGAUCGUUAGAAGCAUCGGAGAAGAGUGCAUUCAAGAUGAAGAACUCCUUAACCUCCUCGCCAAAAAACCUGAACCUAUUUGCUAUGAUGGGUUCGAGCCUUCUGGAAGAAUGCACAUUGCUCAGGGUGUCAUGAAAGCAAUCAAUGUGAACAAGCUAACAUCCGCUGGUUGCCGAGUCAAAAUAUGGGUUGCUGAUUGGUUUGCUAAGCUUAAUAAUAAAAUGGGUGGAGAUUUGAAGAAAAUUGAAGUUGUCGGUCGCUACUUGAUUGAAAUUUGGAAAGCUGUUGGGAUGGAUCUGGAAGGGGGGAAAGUUGAGUUUUUGUGGUCGUCAAAAGAGAUUAAUGCCAGAGCUGAUGAAUAUUGGCCUCUUGUGUUGGAUAUAGCUCAGAAGAACAAUCUUAAAAGGAUUAUCAGGUGUAGUCAAAUUAUGGGGCGGAGUGAGCAAGAUGAAUUGACCGCUGCUCAAAUAUUCUACCCAUGUAUGCAGUGUGCUGACAUUUUUUUCCUCAAGGCCGACAUCUGCCAAUUGGGAAUGGAUCAGAGAAAAGUGAAUGUACUUGCCAGAGAGUAUUGUGAUGUUAUUAAGAGGAAGAACAAACCCAUCAUCUUAUCACACCACAUGAUACCUGGUCUACAACAAGGGCAAGAGAAGAUGUCAAAAAGUGACCCUUUAUCAUCCAUUUUCAUGGAAGAUGAGGAGGCUGAAGUGAACGUGAAAAUAAAAAAGGCAUAUUGCCCACCAAAGGUUGUGGAAGGAAACCCAUGCUUGGAGUACAUUAAAUAUCUUAUUUUACCUUGGUUUAAAGAGUUUACUGUGGAGCGAAAUGCAGAUAAUGGAGGGAAUAAGACGUUCAAAAGCUUUGAAGAGUUGAUUGCCGACUAUGAAAGUGGAGAGUUACACCCAGCUGACCUUAAACCAGCUCUGUCAAAGUCAUUGAAUAAAAUUUUAGAGCCUGUGAGGGAACACUUCAGAAAGGACAGCAAUGCUAAAGAUCUACUGAAAAGGGUCAAGUCUUACAGAGUCACCAAGUAAUGCGCUUGUUAAAGACUGCGGACUAAUUUUACCAUUUCCAAGCAGACCCAUAAAUUUUCAUUGUUAUUAAUGACACUUCUUUCACUUGUAAAAUUUGGGGAUAUAAGACUUGUGAUGAAUAUUGAUGAGUCUAAAAUACUGUGGCAUGUGUUAGACUAUUCAUAUGUAGUUUCUUGGAUGCAUUUCUCUUACAAAGAAGAAAAAAAGCAACGAUAAAGUGCUUAAACUUAAGGGUAAGCUAGAAUUGAUGGUAUAUGAUGAAAUAUGUAGUGGUUUGAAAUUUUGAAAUCUUAUUCACUCACUUUAUUAUAUUUCACUUUAUUUCCUUCUA